UUUUAUAAAAAAAAAAGUACAAAGAAACGAAGAAAAAAAUACAAUAUUUAAAUAAAAAACGCACAAUUUCUUCAAGACAACUAAGGAAAUAAAAAAAGUUGUUAAUAAUAAUUGUUGAAUCAUAUAGUCUAAGUUAAAAAGAAAAAAAUUUCAAAAUGUACGCAGCAGCUGGUGGUGCAAGUUUAGCAAGUCGUCAAGCACGACAACGUCAAAGACAAAAUAAAAAAGCCCAAUUACAAAAAGCGAGUCAAAAGGCAACUGAAUUAAUACCAAAACCACCUCAAGCAAAACAAUUUCAUAAUUACACCGACCAAAACGUUCCGAAACUAUCUCGAGUUGAACGAAACGCGUUAAAACCACCACAAGCGGCGCCUCACGAACGAAGACACAGCACGUCGAAUUAUCAUUUAAAAGAACCAUCGAGAGCUCGAAUCCGGGAAAGUCCUUCAAUAUGUAUCCCAGUUGUUCCAAAUCAUCAUCAUCACCAUCAAAACCAAAAGGAUUCAGUACAACCUUUAAGUCCGUGUACGUUAGUUCAACAAAAUCACGUUCCGGUGCCACAUUCACCUUCGGUUCAAAGUCAAUUACCACAGAUUACGAUACCGGAAGGAGGAGACAAAUCGUCGUUGGAGAGAAGAUGCAGUUUCGUGCGGCAAGUGGAGGAAAUGGAGAAGGUUACCACGGAGGGUGGUGGUGGAGGGAACGUUUUGGAUAGAUGCAAUCAUAUUUGUAACUUUGAAAUUAAGGAGAAAGCUUGGGAGAAUAACGUUGGAACUACUUAUUAUACGGAGUAUGAUAAAUCGACGUUUGGUAGUUGGGAUUAUCCGUUUAGUGAGUGUUCACAGGGAAGGGCAGCUUGGCAGGAAAGGGAACGAAGGCGCUGUUCGCUCUCGGGAAACGCCAAACAACACCGCCUGAAACAAUCAGAAGCCCAUCACCGAUGGAUGAAAAGAAACAGAAUUCACGACACUGGUUUUGGUGGUAGUAGCGACGAAGAAGACAUUUUCAACGUCUACCAACAAAGUGCUGCGGCAAACGCGCUUCUUUACGUCGGUUUGGGAACGAUGGCGAUAGGGAGCGUGAUUUUCUUCGUGGGAACCGGCGACAAAGGUUUUAAAACGGUCGAAUUAAGAUUGAUCGGACCGACCCUGAUGGCAUGCGGUUUACUUUGUUGCGUCAUUCGCGUGUUGUUAUGCACGUGUCCCUCGACGUGUUUGCGACGGCGGAAAAAGACGAGAAAAAAAGAUGCGUGCGCGACGCACGGUAUGUUGAAUAAUAGGAAUCCGAAGAAACGCGAUCGACGGAAAGACUUCGUUCCGGUUGAACAAGCGUCGUUGAUGAGGCAAAAAUCGAAUCAUAAAAAGGUUUCGAUUGCGGCAGGUACUAGUCAUGCUGUACCAAGUACUAGUACUAUGAAUGAACCGAUAAUUUACGUUGAAGACGAAAUCAUCACCCACGCUACACAAAAGCCUCCCGAAAUCCCACUCAUUUCCAUACCGGAUCUCGCCGAAUUCAAUUGCGUCACCCAUCGACAACCGUCGCCCGACAAUUCCUUCAUCGAACUCCAAAAUUUCGAAGCUACAUUCGAAAUCGAAUCCGUAUCGAGCGGCAGCGAAACCGACGAUAACAAUAUUAUUAAUAAUCGUCACUCGGAGAAAAAGACCAAAAACGUCAUUCAAGUGCAAGAAGAACAAUUUUCGAUCGUCCAUCAACCAACUCAAACGAAUAAUAAAAAUAGAUUUAAUAACAGUGAUGAAUGCGAUGAAGCUUCUUGUCUUGUUGUUGAUUUAGUGACAACAACGAUGAAUUCAGGUGCUAUCGUGAACGAAAGUGCUGUUGAUGGUGAAAGAAGAAAUGAUGAGAUUGUUAAUAAUAAAGGAGUGAGACAGAAUAAUAAUCAGUUAAAUAAAGGUGUGAGUGAGAUUUUGUUGAGCCCUUUACAAUUAGAUGGUGGAAAAAAAUAGGAAAAAUAAGAAGUAUUUAUAAAAAUACGGUGUAUUUUAGGUGCUAUUUUAAAUUGAUUAUUUUAAAUCUCAUUGAUAACAAAAAAAAGUCAAAAAAUGUGUUUCAAAAAAAAACGUUGUCAUUAAGAUUUAAAAUAAAUCAUAAAUCAUAACCCAACUUACAAUAAACAAUAAGGAAUUGGCACGAAAAAUCCUAACGAAUCCUAAUUCAUAAAUUAAUUAAUUAAAAAAAGGACCCACGACUCCGAUCUUUAUUGAUAAAAAGAUAGCAACUAUUUAAUUAAUAAUAAUAACCGCUUCUGAUGUAACUAUAUGUAAUACAGGGUAACAAAAAAUACUAAAAAAAAGAAUAUAUACAAGAAACCAAAAAAUGGAAUAAUCAGUGUUUAAAGAAAUCUGUAAAGAAAUUAACGAGAAAAAUGUAUAUGUAAUGUUUAACGAAAAAAUAAAAAUGGAAACAUUUAAGUACUCGUUAAUCAUAGUUUUUAAUAAAAUUGAGGCGAAUAAAACUGUGUGUUGCGCGAAAACCAAUAAAAUAAUAGCUGAAACGUUUAAAAAUAAGCUGAUUUUACUGUAAACGAAAAAAUACCUAUAACUUUACUAAGGCUGAGUCGGAGUUUAAAAAACUAAUAAAAAGUGGGUCCUAAAUUUAUUACUAGAAUAAAGAAAUACAAAAAAAAUAUGAAUAAGAUGAGUAUUUAAUAAAAUUGUUGUAAAAUUAAUUUAUUGACAGCGGGAUUUAGGAAUGUAUCCAAUUUAUGAUUAAUUAGAAAUCUAACUUAUCAACUUGUCAAAAAUUUUAGGUUAAAACGAAGUUUUGUGUUACCCGUUUAUUUACAUUCAUACAAAAUGAAAGGUUAAGAAACAAAACGAAGAAGAUAUAAGAUGAUUGUCAACGGAGAACUAUUAAAAAGUAAGAAAUAAUAUUUUAUCGUAUAAAGUACCAUUUAUGUAAGAAAUGACAUUUAUUAAGUUGGAAAUGUCAAAAGUACAAAAUGACUUAUUGACGUUUGAGAUGUCCCUUAAUACGUUAGAAAUGUCAAUAAUUGUUAAGUAAAUAUUGUGUUUCGUAUUGAGAUAACAUUUAACAAAUAUUAAUAGUUAUUGUUCCUUGUCGAUAAUACCGAAUUGAUUUAAAUAUUAUUUGAAACAGCUAAUCAACAAGAGAUGGCGUUGGUGUGAAAGUAUAAAUUUAAAUUUUGCAUAUAAAUACUUUUUUACAACAAUUUUAUUAAUAUAUUCAAAAACUAUUGAACGUGUAAAUGUGGAUGCGAAAAAAAACCGUGAUUUUUGCUAUUGUACAUGAUAUAGAGCCUAGUUCUUUUUUAUUCUUUUACAUGACGAACGUGAACCAAAAAUAAUAACGAAAAUAAUCACGCC